AGCACAUGUUCUUUUGUGCCUGUCAAGGAAGAAGAACUGCUGUGAGCGUAAGAGCCGACAGAACAGCAGGCCUACGGCAGUAUCACAGUCAAGAUGGUUACGACGCUUACGGUACCUGUGGGUAUUUUGAGGAUAUGGGCAGUCAUUUUCACGUGCGUCACUUUCAGCUUGGUUGCAUCUCAGGGCCAUUUAUGGUCCUCAUUUUGGUUAUGGUGCAUGUUCUCUUGGUGCUUCUGCUUCUCUGUCACCCUCAUCAUUCUGGUCCUGGAAUUCACCAGCCUCAGCUCGAAGCUGCCCAUCUCCUGGGAUGAUUUUACCACCGCCUUUGCCAUGUUGGCCGCCCUAAUGGUGCUCACAGCGUCCAUUCUCUACUCCGUCUUCUACACUUGUAGUUAUUGUGUCAAAGAUAUUGCGGCCUGCGUUUUCUCCUUCCUGACCUUCAUCCUCUACACUGUCGAGGUUGGACUGACUCGGGCCAAGCCUGGUGAAAUCAGUGGGUUUCUCUCCACUGUGCCGGGCUUGCUCAAAGUUCUGGAGGCCGUUGUGGCCUGCAUCCUAUUCAUCUGUGUGGACACGGCAGGCCUGCACAAGAAUUUGCCAGGUCUCCAGUGGUGUAUUGCUGUCUACUUCAUUUGUUUCAUUUUUUCCCUCCUCGUCAUUAUUUUAACUAUUUGCCGCCUGCUGUCCCGCUUCCGUGCAACUAUUGGCAAAGUUCUGAUGGUCUGCAAUGUGCUGGCCGUGCUAAUGUACAUCACAGCUGCUGUCAUCUGGCCUUACUACACCUUUAAGGAUUACCCCAGACCAAGCUACUGCUCUUUGCACUGCUGGUGGAAUUAUUCUCUUGUUAUCACUUUCAUGACCUAUUUUAACCUGAUUGCUUAUAUUGUUGACAUGGUAUAUUCUUUCAAUUUGGCUUUUUUCAUCACUCCAACAUAAGCACAUAGUGGCUUUGAUCUGAAUGAGGAGAGUUUGUAUUUGUUGGAAUUUUGCUUUUGUCAAAAUUAAAAUUUUUAUUCAGCAUAAUCACAGUGUGCUAUAUUUCCAUUUUACCUGCCUACCUGCUGAUUUCCAUUGUAUUUAGAAAUUUAGAUUAUGUAUCAAGUUAACUACACUUUCAAAACUAUCUGUAACAUUCAGCUAAAACCAUGUUGUGCAGGCUUUCUGGGCUGCAGCUGGUGCAUGUUGGUUUAGACACAUAUUUCAAUCCUCUCGGAAUAAGUAAAGCUUUAACCAAUCCCGUUCCCAUAGCAGGACACCAGCCCAUAGUACAUUAUGUUUGCAAAGGUGUGUCAAAGUGCAAACAAACUAAAACACAUAGCAACUUUUGCUUUUGAAUUUACAUGUCCAACGUAAAUUUUUCUGAGUGGUAAAAUAAAAGACUGAUAGGGGAAACACUAAAAACACUGAGGAUACACUGGUUAUUGUUUUCAGAUAAUCAAAGGGGAUCUAUUAUGCAAAAUUCACUCUUUGCACAUUUUUGUACUUCCGUUUGGGUCUCUACAUCCAAACAUCCACCUGACUUCUUUAAAACAGGUCUGAAAGCAUAUUUGUUUACUCCAGAAUUCAAUCAAAGAAUCACAUGAACUGUUCGAUUGAUCCCAUUCUAAGCAUGCUUUGAAGCAUUGUUCUUUAAUAGCAUAAUGCUUUUUUAACAGUUUUAAAAAAUGUAUUGUAAAAUUUGCUAUACAAGAUUUUGUAAGUGCAUGAUGUAUUGAGGUCUCUUUUUAAGUAAAGCUUAAAGAUUUUACUUCAAAUUUGAAUUCCUGUAAGCACUUUGAGCUGCCUUGUGUGUUAAUGGUGCUAUAGAAAUAAACUUGCCUUGCCUGUUAAAGAUAGAUAUAAAAGAUGCAUCUUCUCUGUGUUUGUAGCGACCUAUAAUAUAUAAUAUUACAUUUUCUAGAUAAUGCAAUACUGUUUUUGACCCAAUAAUAUAGCCACUGAUAAUAAUGAAAAAAGGUUUUAAGCUACAUGGUGGUUAAAACUGAGCAAAAAUCACUACUGUUUUCAACAUACCUUGUAGCACUGUAUGAUCUACCAAACAAACACACUCUGUAUUUUUUUUAAAAUAAAGCAGUUCAUGCAUGAUUUUAUAAAUGUACUGUAGAUAUCUGAGAAAAUACCAACCUCCAACUAUCCAUCAUAUAUUCCAUCUUCUUCACUUUUUGUACUUCCACAAGACAAAUCGGCACCUGUAUUGUCUCCUUUCUCUCACCAUUUCUCUAGGUUAUAUACACAAUUACUAGUGUAUUGCCAUCUAGUGAAUUUGCUUCAUUUUUGCCCUCUUCACACCUAUUUCUGGUACCUUUUAGGGAAGUCUUGUUUGUCUAGAGUGCGCUGACUGCAUUCAUGUACAAUUACAGCUAAGGUCAUCAUAUAAAAUAUAAGGUGUAGGUAAACUGUUGUUAAAAUAAGGUUGUUGUGGAUACUUAUAAUGAAAUGACUGCAGCUAAAAAGUCACAAACUGAAGCUCUAAUCAGCACUAAGCUCGUAAAUGAUCUGUCCAUAAUGAAUGAUGUUUGCUAAGGUGUGUCAUGGUGCAGAGACACUAAAACGCAGAGCAGCUAUUGGUUUUGCGUUUGCUUUGUCAUUGUUAGUUUGUUUAUGAUGGGCACUAAAAUAUAUCCGUCAUUCAAAACUAGAAUGAGAAAGGAUUAGUUUUUAGCUUUGCUCUUACAGCUAAUUUAAUUCUGAAUUCUCUAUAUAUUUCUCAAGCACAUGUGCGGUCCACUUUUGUAGCCGGAAAGUCCAUAAAAGAGGGAGGGAGGUUGAAAAUGUGAAAAGUGAAAAUGGAUACAAGUGGCAAACUACAAAAAACCAUUUGCUGCAGAUCUCAAGUCUGCUAUAAUUCUGACUACUGGUAGUCUUACAUGGAGAUCAGUGUUGUGGCUAUAAUUGCCAUGUUCUCCAGCCUCUUUCACAUGCUCGACACAACCCUCUCUAUAAUUUUGUUUGCAAUAAUGUUUUAAAAAACAGUGCAGACCAAACAUUUGGACACACCUUCUAAUUCAAUGGGUUUUCUUUAUUUUC